CACUGACUUUCCAGUCUUUGAGAAAAUGGGCUUUGCGUUGGCUCGGUGAAGAAAGUGGUGUAGCGUGGUGUUAUCGGUUCGACAGGCACGGAGCACUAAGGAUGGCCAAGAUCGUGGUUACGCUGCUGUUGGUGUGCGUUGUUCAUCUCUGCAAUGGAGCCGUGAGGGUGACUUUGCUCGGGAACCAGAAUUCAGAUAGGCGUGUGUUCCUUGCCGGUCAAUCCAGCAGCAGUAACCUCGACAGGAACAACAACAGAGUAAACAACCAGCAACAGAGUAAUAACAACGCCAAUGUGCAACCAACUCAGUCGAACAUAAUACGGCCAAGUCAGAACGUAAAUAGCGGCCCCCCGAUCAUCGUGAACUCGAGAGGCAACCAGGGAGACCAACAGAGGCAGCAGCAGUCUCAAGGAACAUCGGUUAUUCACGACACGACAUCAGGCAGCAACUACCACUUCUCUUGGCGCCGAGACCGCAACGGAAAAUUCAGCCACGGGGAUGCCGUGAACUACUGCACAAAUCUGGGAGACCGAUGGACCGCAAUCAGCAUAGAGACCCAGGGGGAGAGCGACUACAUCAAUGGCAUUAUUGAUUCAGACGACGUGGCAUACAUCUGGACGAGCGGAACGAAAGUGGGCAACGGCUGGCGGUGGAACGGGCCUGGAGCGGGGGCCUUCCAGGGACUCAACUGGAGUCAUACUGGAGGAUUUGGAAUCGCGCAACCAGACAACAGAUUCGGAGACGAGAACUGCCUCGGAAUCCUCAAUCGCUUUUACUUCAACGACGGGAUCACUUGGCACGACAUCGCCUGCUUCCACCUCAAGCCUGUGGCGUGUGAGCAGCGUCUUUAACUGAAACCUGUAGAAGGGUUGAUCAAAAUUGCCAUUCUUAGGGUGUUAAUUGCCUUGGAAAGAAAGAUUUAUGAGGAAUGAGGAUUCUUACUGUGUUAAUUGCC